UAGUAACUUCUGCUGGUAUUUAAAAAAACCAAUCGAAAUCCCCCUCGCCUCUCAACUCUGCUUCUCUUAUCCCAUUCACUCUCUAAACCAAAAUUUCUCUUGUAACAAAGCAAAUCCCUCCUCCGAAAACCCGUCUUCCAUUUGCGUGUUACUAAACAUUUCUUUGAAAAAAAUCCAUCAAAGCUAACACAAAACCUUAACCAUGGGUCCAAUGAAGAUUGCAAUCGGGGACAUGUUGAUUACUUUUAUGUGGGUUUUUUGUUCAUCGAUGUUUGGUUUGUUAACUUCUUUUGUAGCCACCGCCAUUGGUGUCGAAACCGUAGCUUGGGCUUCUAUUGUUAUCAUCACCGUCAUCAUUUUCGUUUUCGUUUCCAUCUUUAAUAUUAUCGGUGAAUUUCUUGGUGGGGCUAGCUUUAAUCCUACUGCUACAGCUUCCUUCUACGCCGCUGGUGUCGGUGACGAUAGCCUUAUUUCCAUGGCCCUCCGGUUCCCAGCUCAGGCUGCAGGUGCCGUGGGUGGUGCCUUGGCGAUCAUGGAGGUCAUGUCGGAACAGUACAAGCACAUGAUAGGGGGACCAUCUUUGAAAGUGGAUACACACACCGGAGCCAUUGCUGAGGGGGUCUUGACUUUUAUAAUUACCUUUUGUGUUCUUUUAAUCAUUCUUAGAGGUCCGCAGAGUACAAUAUUUAAGACAUGGUUGCUUGCCAUUGCGACUGUAGCAUUAGUCAUGUCGGGUACUGCUUACACUGGACCUUCCAUGAAUCCUGCCAAUGCCUUUGGUUGGGCAUAUGUAAACAACUGGCACAGCACAUGGGAUCAGUUUUAUGUUUAUUGGAUCUGUCCAUUCAUUGGAGCUAUAUUGGCUGCAUGGGUCUUUCGACUCUUCUUCCCCCCACCGCCAGUGAAGGUGAAGAAAGCCUAAGGUGGUUUUAAUAAGUAAUCAGGUUGAGCUUUUCCCGGAUGAAUAAUCCUAUGUUCCUUCUACUCUUUAAUUUUCUCAAAACAUCUGUGUUCAACCAUCUAUGGCAAAGGUUUUGGGAAAACUUAUACUUGUGUUGAUGCAUAUGUCACGGGCUUCGGUCUUACGCCUAGGUAUUGUGCGGCUUUAGACAGGAAAUUACCGUCUGUAUGAAGCUUCCGGCUUGUGACACAUACAUAUGUUUUGAGAUUCGCCGUCCCAGCGACACAGAACAUGAUGCUAGUGCAGGACUCAGCUCAUGCAAAACUGCAAGUUCUGCAUGCAUGAAUUUGUAGAGAAUUGGUUCUUAAAUAACCUAGUAGUAUCGUAAGUUUGAAAGAGUCGAGUAAAAGCAUUAUCUUCUGGGAAGUUACUGUAGCAUGUGAGUCAGCAUACUUUGUCAAGACUCAUGAUCGAAAGGAAAAAGAAUUCUUAGUGUGUUUUAGUUGAUUAUGCGAUUUUAAA